UCUCGGGGAUGGAGGCGGAAGAGGGGACGCCGCUGUGGCGGCUGCAGAAGCUGCCUCCGGAGCGGGGCACCCCGCUGCCUCACAAAAUAAUUGACGGCCACUAUCCUGCCCACCAGGAUUAUCACAGCGUUUGGGAUUCAACCGAAUGGAAGCAUGUUCUGGAAGAUGUUACCGUGUUUUUCAAAGCUGUCGUGGGCAAAAACUUCUCAGAUGAAGAGACACUCCAGCAAUUGAACCAACUGAAUUCAUGUCAUCAAGAAGCUGUUAUGAAAUGCUUGAAGAGUAGGAAAAAUGAGAUCAAGCAAACCCCGUUAGGAGAAAUCGUUGAUAUUUCUUGUGCGCAGCUACAGGAUUUUGAUUGGCAGUUAAAGCUCGCGCUUUCUAGUGACAAGAUCGCCACUUUACAGAUGCCGCUUUUAAACCUUCGUCUGGAUGUGAAGGAAAAUGGUGACGUGAAACCACACUCCAUUGAAAUGAGUAAAGAGGAGCUACAGAAUCUAAUCACUUCCUUGGAGGCAGCUAGUAAGGUGGUCCUGCAGUUAAAAUAACUGGAGAUGGUGACUCUCAACACUGCCAGAUGUCACUGCUGCACCGUGGCAGAGGCAAUGCUGUGUCCAGAGGGUGAAUGCUGCAGCAGGCUGAGCCGGAAGCAAUGCUGAGAUGACAGAGAUGAAAAUCUGUCAGCAACCCUAAAGAACAGGAAAUUGAAUGGCUGAUAGGAAAGGCAUAGAAUGAAAGAUGAAAAAGCUGAAGUCACAGUUUG